UAAGUGCAGUGAGUGGAUACUUGAUGUGGAUCGCGUCUAUCGCGAUCGUUAAGGACGUCGUUCGGCUACGCUCCAAGGAACUCUCGUCCGUUCAUCCAUCGCUUCACGGAUCGAGGAAGCUCGCCGUUUCCAAUUACGUACUUGGAACGGGAGGGAGCGAGCAAGCGAGAGAAAGAGAGAAGAGAGGGACAAAGAGGGAGAGGAUAGCGAAGGAGAGAACGGAGGAUGCUGGAUGCCGUGAGACCGUUCGUCGAAGCAAUACCCGAGAUCGUAGCGGAGGUGAGUGUCCGCUCCUUCUGCUUGGAAUGUUGCGUUGUUUCUCGUCUCCCAAGAAGCAAAGAAGCAUCUCUCUUCCGAUUAUACCUCGAUGA